CUAACUUCGAUGGUGGCAAGACGUGUGCUUCUGCUGGCUUAUCCCUCCUCCUCGCCAUCACCGAUUCUCCAGCCCCUCUUGCGCCAUCGUACCAAGUGCAAAGCAGAAGCUCCGCUUCGCUUGUCAUUUCUUUUGCCUCUUGGUGCUUGUAUUGUCUAUUGCAUCGGUUACAUUGCUGCCUUCUUUAUCCCAGAUCGCCCGUGUAAUUUGCGACACCACUCAAGCGCUGCAGCGACAUGAACUUCUUUGACAGCGAGCUUUCUCUUCCCAAAAUACGAGAUGAGCUAGUUAGAUUAGAGGACAGUAUUAUUUUUGCAAUGAUCGAGCGGGCCCAAUUUGCUCAGAACACCAAUAUUUAUAAGAAAGGACAUUUUAAAGUUGACGGAUUCAAUGGAUCGUUUCUGGAGUAUCUUUUGCAAGAAAUCGAAGGGGUGCAUGCCAAAGUUCGAAGAUAUACUAGUCCAGAUGAGUAUCCUUUCAGCAAGAACCUUCCUGACCCCAUCCUUCCUCCGCUUCAAUACCCACAAGUUCUCGCUCCCAACAACAUCAACUACAAUGAAAAGCUUAUGCACAUCUACAUCAACAACAUUGUUCCUAUUAUUUGCAAACCCGGCGAUGAUUCAAAUUACGGUUCGGCCGCCACUAAAGAUGUUGAGGCCUUGCAGAUAUUAUCGAGAAGAAUACACUUCGGCAAGUUUGUAGCUGAAGCAAAAUUUAAAGAUGCGAAAGAUCACGACCAAUAUGUAAGUCUCAUCAAGGCAAGAGAUCGUGAAGGCAUAAUGCAACUGUUGACCAAUCACGCGGUGGAGGAGAAACUGCUUCGCCGCUUGAGACGAAAGGCUUUGGUCUACGGGCAAGAGAUUGACGACGAUGCCGGUGAUGCAACGUCAGGGCAGCAGACCAAGGGCCAGGGACAGCCACGAAUUCCGCACGAUGUAGUGGCAGAUAUGUAUGAAAAGUACGUGAUCCCGCUUACCAAAGAGGUAGAAGUAGAAUAUCUCCUCCACCGGCUAGAUUAUGGGAACUUCCAAACCAAGGGAUUAACCCGAAAUGGGACACAAUGACAUAUCGAACCUGUGGAAGCAAGGAAAUUCUUGUAACAUCCGUGUUUCACAUCUCACCGUUGGGAGAUAGCUGGCCUGACCGUAAAUGACGAUAACAGACGUAAACAGUGGGAACGGCAUA